AUGGAGGAGACGAAUACCACUGCACUGACAAAUGAAGCCAGGGGUUUCUGUGAAACAUUUGGAGAUUCUGUCACUUCAAACAGCACUGGAUUUGACUGGGUGGCAGCAUGUGUACACACAGCUGUGAUAGUUUCCAACAAACUUGGAAAUUCAUCACCAUUAGUCAUGCUUCUGAUAAAGAACUUGAAAUAUAUCAAACUUAUGAGCGAAAAAAGAGGAUAUAUCGUCGAAAGUCCGCAAGAGUAUGAAAAUGUUUCGAAAAUAUUUUCGUUCCCAGUCGCAUUUUGUACCAGUGAGUUCAAAGGUAGAAGAAAUAUCGAGAACUGCUCGAGUAUUCUCUACGAAUACAAAGUCGCUGGCAUGCCGGAGCUUAAAGCGUUUUGUGAGCAGCAAGAUGAAUUUCAUACCAGCAAAAUUUGCGUGGGUUUAAUUCAGUUUCAGGCGAUGGUGUUUAACAUCACCCAGUAUUUUGAAUUAAGCGGAGAGCUAUUUUUCUACGCCUAUGUCUAUCCUUUGGUGGCGCUGCUUGUCCUGCUAUCAAACGUUCUCCUAGUACUGACUCUCUUGCGGGGACGGUUUUCGUCAGCAGCACACCUGCUACUCGUGGCCAUAGCCUUGAUGGACACACUGACCAUUGUACUGCCCACCCCAUAUCUGUUCUACUACUUGACGCUAGGCAACUACCUGUCAUACAUUUCGUACAACAACUGUGUCGCUAUCGCCGCUAUUUUAAUGUACGCAUCUCCGAUAUGUCAUGGCAUUUCUGUCUGGCUAAACUUUGGACUGGCCUUACAGCGCUAUUCACUCCUUUGGACUCACACUUAUAUUAAUAGCUCACUCUUGCGGAGAAGGUUCUGUGUCAUCUUCAUACUUGUCAUCAUCCCAGGCGUCUCGGCUGUCUUCCUCCCAGGCAUCCUCACUCUACCAGAUUACCCUGUUGUCUACGUCUAUUCCUCUAACGACGAAGAAAUCAUGACGACUUUGAAAACGCCACUCAUGAACAUGGAUACACAGUUACGUCUUGCACAGGUGUACUUAGCACGAUGUUUUUUUGUUCAGGUAAUUCCUUGUAUGGGUAUGCUGACGUUUUGUGUGGAAAUUGCUGUCAAAUAUAAAUCGGUUGUGAAAGCGCAUAGCAAAAUGACGACAAAUGAGAGAGGGAGUGGUGACUGGGAAAACAGUCAGACUUUGAAUUUAGUUUUCAUGUACAUGCUAGCAAUGUUCCUCGUGGCUGAGGUGCCAGUGGCUGGAGUGGCGUUUACUGCGGCCAUGGCUGCUGUAAAUAACGGGAGAAUCGACGAUAACGUACGUCUGGUGGCCUUUAUCACAAACAUCAUCAUCUUAUUCACCUCUCCGCUCAACUUACUCGUAUACACGUACCAAGGGGACUGGUUCAGACACAACUUAAAACAGCUUCUCUCGUGGAAGUGCAGGAGACCUCGACAGGAGUCCCGAUUGGAAGGCAGUACCCAGUCCAGGACUAUUGACUGUGAGGAGUAG